AUUUAUGUUUAUCUGUGAAAGAUUCAGUCUUUCUCUGUCAAAAUGGCUGCCGCGCAGGAGGUGAGACGUGAACCAAUUCAAGCAGUACAAGUUUUCGGCCGCAAGAAAACUGCCACAGCAGUUGCUUACUGCAAGCGUGGCCAUGGAGUUCUCCGUGUCAAUGGUCGUCCCUUAGACUUGGUAGAACCUCGUCUUCUUCAAUACAAACUUCAGGAACCUAUUCUGUUGUUAGGCAAGGAAAAGUUCUCAGGAGUUGACAUCAGAGUUACAGUAAAGGGUGGAGGUCAUGUAGCUCAAGUUUAUGCUAUUAGACAAGCCAUUUCCAAAGCUCUUAUUGCUUUCUACCAGAAAUUCGUAGAUGAAGCCUCAAAGAAGGAAAUCAAAGACAUCCUCGUCCAAUACGACAGGAGUUUGUUGGUGGCUGACCCCAGACGCUGCGAGCCCAAGAAAUUCGGAGGACCAGGUGCUCGUGCCAGAUACCAGAAGUCUUACCGUUAAUACAACUCGCCGGUUCUCGAAGUGGUAUUGCUUUGUUUAUUAUAUGCAAAGCAAUACCAUUGCGAGCUUUUUAAAAAUAUAAAAUAAGGGACA